UCGACACUCUUGAACAUAAGAAAUGUACUUUAGUCUGGGUAAAACAAAAUGGCUGCAACUACAGUAAAUCCUGAUCUUGCUAGAGCUAGAGCUCAAGCGACGUUUGACCCGUUGCAGUUAACACAUUUUAUUUACGAUGGUCCAGAGAAAACAAAUCGCAAACGCUACUUACAAAACAUUGCUAUCAAGGAAAGUGAAGAACAAGGAUUCAGGCGCAAUGCAGAGCUGAGUAGAGAGGAACAGUAUGAAGAGGCCUUACGUAAAUCCACAUAUGCUUACCGCAGAACUGCAGAGCUAGGAUUGAAAGAUAUGACAGAUAUAUAUAUAUUCAGGGAACCACUUUUUCCUAGUGAGCCAAGCCCUCUUGGCCUGCAUGAAAGUAUGUUUUUAACAACAAUCCAGAAACUAGGCACAACAGCUCAGAAAGAGAAAUGGAUUCCUCUAGCCAAAUGUUUGGGUGUGGUGGGCACAUAUGCUCAGACUGAAUUGGGGCAUGGUACCUUCUUGCGGGGGCUGGAGACAACGGCCACCUAUGAUGCCAAGACCAGAGAGUUCGUCAUCAACUCUCCAACCACCACAUCAGCAAAGUUCUGGCCUGGGGGAUUGGGUAAAACCUCCAACCAUUGUGUCGUGAUGGCCAAGCUGAACCUAGAUGGGAGAGACUGUGGUAUGCAGUCCUUUAUUGUGCCAAUCAGAGAUGUGGACACACACCUGCCCUUACCUGGUGUCUCAGUGGGGGACAUUGGUCCCAAGUUUGGCUACGGUGGCAUGGACAAUGGGUUUUUAAUUUUAAAGAAUGUCAGGAUCCCUCGGGAGAAUAUGUUAAUGAGAUACGCACAGGUUCAGGAAGAUGGCACAUUUGUCUCCCCUAAAAAUGACAAACUGGUCUACGGCUCAAUGACUUUAAUUCGUGCCCAGCUGGUGGGGAGCUGCGCCAGGGCCUUGUCAAAAGCUGUCACCAUAGCAACCAGAUACAGCGCUGUUAGGAAACAAUCUGAGAUUAAUCCUGGGGCUGGAGAGGUGCAAGUGCUGGACUUCCAGACCCAGCAGCACCGCCUGUUUGUCCAGAUUGCCACAGCCUAUGCCCUGAGUAUUGCUGGCCGAGCGUCUAUUGCAGCCUACAACAGGGUGUCUGCACAGAUUGAAACUGGUGCUCUUGAAGAACUGCCCAUUCUCCAUGCCCUGUCUGCCGCUCUGAAAGCUUUCAGCUCCUGGGAAAUGGCCUAUGGUGUUGAGCAGUGUAGGUUGGCCUGUGGUGGCCACGGUUAUUCUCUGGCCAGUGGCCUGCCUAAAAUUUACGCACAUGAGGUGCCAGCGUGUACGUAUGAGGGAGAGAACACGGUCCUGUGUUUACAAACAGCCAGGUUCCUGAUGAAAUGCCAGGAGUCUGCCAGUAGAGGGGAAAAACUCCCAAGUUUUGUCAGAUAUUUAAACAACGCAAAAAAUGUGACCAGCAAGUUGUCUCAAGAUUUUAAAUUGGAAGAUUUGGUCGCAGCUUAUGAGCAUAGGGCAGGGAGAAUGAUUGCGGAGGCGAGUAAGAGAAUCCAAGACCAACUUGCACUGGGGCUGAAACCUGCAGAAGCUUGGAACAUGUCGUCUCAAAAGUUGGUUGAUGCUACCAUUGCAUUCACACAUGCUUUUGUGGUGAAAGCAUUUAUACAAACAGUUUCAGCAGCCAAAUUUGAGCCUUCCCUGGCCACAGUUAUGCAGCAACUUUGCCAGUUGUAUGCUCUCUAUGGAAUCACUAAAUACUCAGGACAAUUUGCUCAGGGGGGUUACCUAAGUGACCAGCAGCUGGACUUGGUAGAGAAGAAACUCUACGACCUACUGGCAUCUCUUAAACCCAACGCUGUCGCUCUGGUGGAUGCCUUUGAUUUCCCUGACUGUGUCCUUGACAGCGACCUUGGCCGGUAUGACGGCAAUGUUUAUGAAGCCCUGAUGGAGUUUGCCAGAAGAUCUAAGCUGAAUAAAUCUGAGGUCCACGAAGGCUUCUACAAGUACCAGAAACCUUUUGUUGAUUCCCUAAAAGCCCAGUCCAAGUUGUAGAAGUCCCACCUGUUGCUGACAUCUUUUGUUUCGUUGCUGGUCAAAUUGACGCAAAUUAUAUCGUUAAACAUUAUUUUAGCUCAAUAUUUUUAUGAUUCAGAGACCUGUUUCAUCAUUCAGGAAACUCUCAAUUCAAAUGUUCAUGAAAUGUGAUUUAUUUGUAUUUUUGAGAAUUUUUUUUGUGGCUUUAAGAUUGAAAUUGUUACAUACCGGUAAUCAGUAGAUUUACUCGUUUGUUGGUCAUUAUAUUUUAUUUAUCUAUCAUUUUAUGAGGUGAUUAGGUCCUAUAAGUGGGCCCUAGAAUCAUUUUGAAAGAUUUUUUUAAAGUAAUAUUUCAGAGAUCUUCGUACAGAUUUUUUUACAACACAGACAAUUAUUUAGUCCAUCCAUUAUUCCAUAAGAGUUAGGGCUAUUAAUAGUAUUAAUUUUCCUUUACCCAAUCAGAGUAAGCAGUCGUUUGUAAUUUAUUUCCAAUAAUAAAAUAUAUAUCUUGCUUAAUCAGUUUCUUUCAGGAUUUCCAUCAUUUUAAUUCAUUAGCUUUCAUAUUGUAAACAGUCAUGAUUUUUUAACAAAAUUAUUCAAAUAAAAAAGAUUUGUUAUCACAGUUAAUCACCCAGGCUUUAUGGAUGUACACCAUUAUUUAUUAAGUUUGGGAUAAAUAUUUGACUGCGCAGAAAAAAGCGUUUUUUAUAUUUUGUUGAACCAAAACGGAUUUGGGUCCAUAUACACUAGCUGUGAUAACCAAUAUUGGAGCUCUUGUAUACUGUUAUGUCAAUAAAAUAUGGGAUGCUAUCUGCCGUAA